CGCCUCAAUUCAAUUACCUUUUCAGAACCUUUUUGAAAUGUCUAAAGAAACUUGGUUAUGAUGAUGGAAUUUCAAGAUGAAUUUGUAAACGCUUUCUUAGAGGCGUUUAUUCCGAAGAAGAAAUGGCCCAAUGAUUCAGUUGAAAGAAUAUUGAGAGAAGAAGACCGAAAAAAUGAAGUUUUGUUUCAUUUGGUUAAGGCUUCUGCUUUAAUCAGCAGUUACUGGGUAUUUCAACCCACAUGCUCGUCAGUGAUUUCAAUUAGAUCUCGAAAUUAUGCCUUCGAUUCCAAUACAAGCAGCUGUCUAUCUCAGUUUCAUUCGACAGCUGCAGUUUGCGAUCUACUGGCUCUUGGAUUGCUGCAAACUGACCAAGAUAUAAGAAGUAGUGUUUUAUCGUUACUAAAUCAGGUGCUUGUAUUGCAGUUGUCGAUUGAAAACUCUAGAAUGACUGAGUUUUAUGUAACUCAGAUUUUUUGUUCGAAUACGCAUCUUCUUAUUGCACGAUGUUUGGACUUAUGCUGCAAUCCUUCAACGCAAGAAGGAGAAUGCAUUGAAGCCCUUCGUUGUCUUCGAUCAAUUCUGAAAUAUGAAUCGCAUCUUUUCAAUAAAAACGCCAUUUUGUCAAUGGUUUCAUCGCUUGAGUCAAUAUUAAGAGAUUGCAUUGAAAUUUCAAAGAACGACCCGAAAGAAACUCGAAAACGAAGAGAUCUCGUAAAUCUUGCAGUUGGUUUAUCACUGAAUGAUCAGAGUAUUGGUUCGCAGCGCCGGUCUGAGACAUAUUUUUAUCCAGCUGGAUUGCUACAUAAAUCAGUUGCCCUUAUUUUACUUGAACUUCUGCGGCAUGACUGUGUUUCCGUUGUUAAAUCCCAUACAUUUUCCGUGCUCUUCGAUUAUAUGUCGCACUGUACAAAUGAGAAAUUUACGAAUGAGUUAUUUGCCGCUAUUCUUUGCUCGGUUGAUUACAGCGCUCUCAGACAUGUGAUGCUAAUUUCAAUUAUUCAACCACUGCUUUCAGACUUUUCUGUCAUGCCGUUUGCCCUGAAUAGUUUUGAAUUGGUUCAGCAGACUCUUCAGUUAAAAAUUGAAAAAUCAAAGCAACUUUUGAUCUCUUUGACAUCUUCAUGGACUGGACUAAUCUCUAUGGCUUCCACCGAUACAAGGACCGAUCAGUACUCGAAGUCAGGCUUAAAAUGUUUGAUGAAUGUAUUACAACUGGGAGAUCAUUACGUGAAAGUUGAAGUUCUACAAGUUUUUUCUUCUGUUCUUGGGAUGGGCUGCUCAGAUUCAAGUUUAGAAAGCUUACAAUUUGCGCAAAUCGAUUCACUUGCUUCAAUAUUCGACUCAAAUUUUUAUAUUUCUAUUGGCCCUGAAUUCAUUUCGGCGACAUUUGUCGAUAUGUUAUUCUACUUCCGACUGGUCUUGUUUAAUUGUCUCGCAGACGCCGGUUUGAUCAAGACCUUGACAAGUGUUUAUCAUAGAUAUGCAGUAUUGUCCUGUCAGACCACACAGUUGAAUGCAGAAUCACCAAACCAAACAAAUUUUACUCAGAUAGCAAAUUCUACUUUGAAGUUGAUAAAAGAAUUGCGCUCCACCUACUCUGCUAUUCUGCCUAAAUAUUUCUCCGGAUUUUUGCCUAAAAUUAACCAGAAAAAUUUGCAACAAGAUCUGCAAUUCGAGGCUCACGACGACGGAGUUUUCUUCAACGAAAUUUCAAAACGAACCUUUUCCGAACAUUCAAACGAGCAUGAUUUUAAAAUAACAACAUUAUCGUCUAUUUUUAUGGACCAUUUGAGCUUUCUGUAUGACCCGUGUUUGUCAGUUUUCCGAAACAACGGAAAAACAAACUUGAUGGCCCUUGAAACACAAAUAGCCCUGAUUAUCUUUGACAGUAAUGUUUUGGGUCAACAGUUCAUCGUUGUUGUCCAGGAAAGUAGAAUGCAACGGAAAUUCAAUCUGUCUAUACUUCAAACUUGGAAUUGGCCAGCGAUUUGCACCUGUCUCCGUUAUUUCGACUCUUUGCGCGAGGUGGGGUUCGGCAAAAUGGCGAAAACAGUCCUGGAUUUUGUCGAAUACCUCAUCACAUAUUUUAAGCCUUCUUCGAAGUAUUUUAGCAAGGAGAAAAUUCUUGUGGAACCAAGAGAAAACUCGGAAAAAAAUAGCGCUGAUACUGGGUCAAAAAUUGAGGCCGGAAGUUUGUUGUUUAAAUUUCUCGCUAGCAAUUACAAACAAAAUGAAAGCCGUGUUAGUGGUACAAGAACGGAUUUUUUUGGAUCUGGAACCCGUGAAGAAGAAAUCGAUUCUUUUUCUGAAAAAGCGAAAAAUCUUUUCAGUGAUAUUGCUGGUGAAAUUGCAAGCUCAAGUUCUGAACAUUCACGGUCAGUUUUCACGUCUGCAAACUUGGCUAAAUCUUUUUCGCAGCUGUAUUUUGUUUUUCUUGGAGCUUUGCCUUCUCAUAACAGACGAACCGUUCUUGACAAAUUCGGUUUAAUAGACAUUUUUGUGUCUACGUUGCUCUCGGGCGAAAAUGAGAUUCUUUGCAAGACUAUACUUAUAUGUAUGCCCUAUCGAGGUGAUCAAGGCACAAAUGAAUGUUCUCAACUCCUAGAAAUCUCAAUUAUGGUAUCAGCAACGAAGCAGCUGCGCAUUUUUGCCCUUCGCUUUCUUGAGCUAUUGAGCCACUUUUGGCUCAGAGCAAAUGAAAAGCUGCCAUGGAGUGAGUACGGGAAGAAAGAGUUUCCUUGGAUCGUGAACAUGUUGCUCGAAUCUGUAAAAAGCGAUGAUUGUGACAUACGGGAGCUAGCUUUGAACCAACUGAUCGCAUUGUCAGCAGACAAACGAAUCCUGCCAAUAAUCUUCAGUGGAAGCAAACCAUUUGAAUUGCUGAGCCUGUACGUCAUAGACUUCGAUGAAACUGGCAAUGAACCAAGACGAAAGGCGAACAAUAAAGAAAUGACUCAAUUGAAAUUGAUUUGUCUGUUCUCUAAGUUUUUAAUCACCCCCUUAGAGGUAGAAGAAAUGAAGGAAGAAGUCCAAAAUAUCUCCGGGGUUGAAAACAUUGAACAACAGCCAGAAGAAGAUGAGAAUGAAAAACUUCAUCUCAAUAACAGACAUUCCCAUAUCUCUGUCGAAAUACCGCAUGUCGGCGAAAAUCUGGCUAUUCAAAAACAAGGACUGGAUCUACUGCUGGAUGAGUACAACGACCAGGGAGUUGGUAGUACACUGUAUUACGUAAUAGUCGCAGUUUGGGUGAAGGGAAACUUCUGUGAGCGAUAUGCAAAAUGCGUUGAGCAAAUGAGUCUAGGAUUGUUCUCGAAACAUAUCAGAGAGGAAAGAAACAAAAAAAGAGGAUUCACGGAGUCUUCAAUUAUUCCUCCCCAUUUGUUCGGAGAGUUAUCCCAGUCAAGACGAGGUGUGAAUCUUCUUUUUCAAUUGUGUGGUGACAUCAUUUCGAAGCACGCCGAUUGGCUGACGAAGCUGGACCCGAGUGAGAAAGAGGCUGCAGCUGUCACGGCGGCCAUUUGGUCGAUAGCUCAGAUAGCCUCCUCUGAAGUUGGAUACGCGACGCUCCCUUUCGCUGCAGUCCUUCUGAUUGUUAUGCAAGCCGAGCAAUGUCGUGUCCUGUCAAUUCGCGGGGUUGCAAUGAUGGCAUUGAAUCUUCUCUGCGAAAGUGCUUUAAAAGCUAUUGCAAAAUUGGACUGGGUCUCACAUGUUUCCAGCCCAGUGCCAGAUUCGAACUCGGAGCCUUUGGAUCUCGAUGUGCUUUUGAGUUAUGACGCAAUGCAUAUAAUUUUCAGCAAUCCAGCGACAGUUGAAGUACUCUGUAGACAGUUUUGUCACGAGAAGAAUCCUAAAUUGAAAACGGAAGAAAAUAUUUUCGUUCAAAUUCCUCGAAGUGAAAGCAGAAAGGAGACGGAUGAUUUACACGACGGAAGCUUAACCCGAUGUACAACCGCUGAGGAAACUGGUGUGUCCGUUAUUGCAAGAAAUUCUACAAGAAGUGGUCAGCGGCGUGUGUUGCCCUAUAAAAUGAGGCAAAUAACCAAAAUAUAUACAGCAAAACGUGAUGGGAACUCCCUGGAAGUUUCUUUCGAGGAAUCUGAACAACGAAAUUCCAAAAGCGAUUUCUUCGAUUCCAAUGAAAUCGAUGACCGCUCAAGUUUUGCAAUGAAUGAUAAUGUUUUUCAACAAGAAAGUUUUUCUGGCGGUUAUGCGACCAAUAAUUUGACUUCGAAUGAAGAACCGAGGUCUUCCGGGGACCUGCCAAUGGUUCCAGAGAUCCGAGUGCUCUCUUCAACUCCUGUGCAUCAACCUAGGGUUAUAACUAUGCAGAGGGAUGCGGCCAAUUUCGAAAACAACCGAAACAGAUAUCUACGACCUCCAUCAAUAGACGGGGUUAGUUUCUCGGCCAAAUCUGAGAAUGAAUUCACUUCACCUCUAUAUCCGAGCAAUCAAUUUCACGAGUUCAACCGCAACAGCACGCUAACUUCUCUCGAUUCAAUAGCCAAUCUGCCGCACGAAGGGAAAAAUUGCCUCCAAUGCUUAACCAUUUACAACCUAAUCCAACUGUCAGCGUCACGAGAAACCGAAAAAAAUCCUGGCCGAUUUGGAAGUUAUUAUGGAUUCUCAACCAAAACUGAUGCCAUAUACUUGCCAAAAAAUUAUAGGGACAAAUUGCUGCUUUGGACAACCGAACUUUGCAGCUUCACAUCGACGAAAGUAGCUAAGAACAUGGACUAUUUCAUGCGUAAAUUCGUUUUCGGCUAUUUGAAACAUUCGAUGGUUUCAGACGCUUUCGAGGUCAUUGUGCGUGAGCGGUAUUUGAAUCUGAAAAACUUCAAGAAAGUGGAUAAACGAGACUUAGUCUGUCUUUACAGCGACUGCUUGCUGAUUUUGAAUCAGAAUGCAUGUUCAGCCGCUGCUAGACUUUUCAUCCACAAUUUGUUUCAACCUGUAAUUGACGAACAGUUGGCUAAACUGAGACAGCCUCCCUAUUUUUCAUCUGAUAGUAGCCAUCACUAACUUACCAUCCGUCUUCUAUCAUCAUUAAAGUCAUCUCUAAUUGACGCUUUCGACAAAACUAAAAAUUUAACUUUUGUAAAGACUGUACAUAGCGAAACAUGUAUAUAUUUUUAAUUGUAAGUCUAACAGAAUCCGAAAUUUAGAUGUAACAUAAUAAAUAAUUGCUUGACUAUAAUUGUC